CGGCCGGGCCUCCCCGGCGCAUGCGCGGCCCCUCCGCGGCCUGGGCGCGAUGGCGCGGCCCGAGGGGCCCCCGACGCUGCCGGAGCCGCUGCGGCGGCGGCUGGUGUCCUUCAGCAGCUCCGUGUUCAGCGACAGCCGCCACGCCGCCCUCAGCGACAGCCCCCGCGCCCCGCCGGGCUUCCCGGGAUACCGCGCAGAUUGUGAAAUACUUUCCAGUUUGCCACUGCAGAUGUCCCUCUAUUUCAAUGUUUACUUCUUCCCGUUUUGGUGGCUUGUCACAGUUGUCAUACUCUACCUGAAGUAUCCAGAUUUGUCAGAUUACUACAAGUUCAUCCUGGUCACCAUCAUGAUCCUGGUCUCCCUGACAGAGCUCAUUCGACUCUACCUGGGCUACGUGGGCAAUCUCCUGGAGAAAGUGCCUGAGCUGGCUGGGUUUUGGCUCCUGACUCUCCUCCCGCAGUUGCCUGUCAUUCUCUUCUUGCUGUUCAAUGAAGGUCUGAAAAUCCACUCGCUGGAGCGAGCCGUCCACAUCGUCUUUGCCGCCUUCCUCGCCUUCCAAGUGGUCGCUGCCUUUUUCACGCUGAAAAGGAUGGUGAACGCUCUGGCCACUCGUUUCCGCCUUACCGAGUUCCACCGCCUGGAGGAGCAGCGCCCCGGGCCCGGCAUUUCCAGCCUGGGCGCAAGGAGCAGCUCCUGGGGCUGGUAGGGCUGCGGAUCGCACCCCGGCCCAAUGUUGCCACAGUUAUCUUCCUGUUUUGUUGGGUCAUUCAUCGCCUUCUUGCCUCUGAGGUAUUAAAAAAUAGAUCUUGCUCAAGAGCCAACAUUAAACCUCAGAGGUUGGAGCUCCUUCUGCAAGGAAAAUCAAAGCCAAUUCCAUAACUGACAUGAGUGGACUAUUUGUGGACUGUUACUGAGUAGAUGUGGAGAGUUUUAAGUGUUACAAAGUUGUGGCAUUUUAAAAACAAGAGAAGCCUUUUCUCUCACUGUUUGCACAGAAUGAUUUUGUUUACAAUAAAUCUUUUCU